AUGACAGCUGUAUGGAAUGUGGUGGAGGGGUUGAAGCCGGCGAUAUUAAUGGUGGCGGUUCAGAUAGCAUUCACGGCCCUGAAUGUGAUGUACAUGCUCGCCGUCGAUGACGGAAUGAGCCUGAGAGUCGCCGUUGCUUACCGCUUUAUCUUCGCUACUGCUUUCAUUGCUCCCCUUGCUCUCGUCCUCGAAAGGAACAAAAGACCAAAGAUGACUUGGACCGUACUCUUUCAGGCAUCUCUAUGCGGGUUAUUUGGAGGAUUAACACAAAACUUUUACUUGGAAUCAUUGGCCUUGACAUCUGCAACAUUUGUGACGGCGAUGGCCAAUCUCACACCAGCCGUCACCUUUAUCCUGGCCGUCUUCUUCCGUUUGGAAAGACUGAAUUUAAAAACAGCAGCAGGAAAAGCCAAGAUGAUUGGAACAAUUAUAGGAAUAAUUGGGGCUAUGAUUAUAACAUUCUUCAAAGGCAUAGAAAUAACAGGGUUCUUCCACAUCACUCUCUUGCAUCCCCAUAAAAGACACGCGGCAUCACCACACUCUUCCUCUGGUAGUAACAUCCUCUUGGGUUCUCUUUGUGCUCUGGCAAGCUGCCUUGCCUAUGCCUUGUGGCUCAUCACUCAGACUAAGAUGAGUAAAAGUUACCCAUGUCAUUACUCAAGCACCGCUUUGAUGAGUUUCAUGGCAUCACUCCUUUGUACUGUUGUUGCUCUUUGCCUUGAGAAGGAUUGGACUCAAUGGAAGUUAGGUUCCAAAGUUAGGCUUCUCACAACAACUUAUUCAGGAAUAGUAAUUUCUGGAGCAAUGGUGGUGGUGUUGACAUGGUGUAUGCAUAUGAGAGGCCCUCUUUAUGUCUCUGCUUUCAAUCCUCUUUUGCUUCUUUUUGUCGUCAUUUGUGGCUUUUUCAUGUUAAAUGAGAAGCUACAUCUUGGAAGUGUAAUAGGAGGGGUGUUAAUAGUGUGUGGAUUAUAUGUGUUUCUGUGGGGAAAAGACAAAGAGAUAAAGAAGAUGAAUCAGCAACGUGUUUCAUCAUCAGAAAACCUUCAUGAAGAAAUCAAAGUCGGAUCUCCUGCAGAAGACAAACAUAGUCCUCAUAACAAUAAUUGUGAGGUUCAAGUUGUUGUGAGCGAUCGAGAUCAUUCAUCACAAAAUGCAAGUGAAGCAGUAGUAUAAGAAAUUUGGAUAGUCAGAU